AUGGAGACCAUCUUCCUUACUGGUGCCACGGGGCAUGUUGGUUUCCGAGUCUUUAUACUAGCGCUUCAAGCUGAAUACUCAGUGCGUGCUGCAGUACGAAGUCUGACAAAGUCUGAAGCCAUUCUUGCCUCGCAGCCGAUUAAAGCCUUGAAUCCUGGACCGCGUCUUAACUUUGUUGAGAUUCCAGAUCUGACCGCAGAAGGGGCCUUAGACGAGGUCCUCGAGGGAGUGACUUUUGUCGUCCAUGUAGCCGCCCCUAUCACAUCAACGGUCGGCAUCGGAGACGAUCUAGAGGCCCACUUCAUUGGUCCUUCAGUACAGGGAACUCUCAACUUGCUGAGAUCGGCCAGCAGACACGCCGGCAUUCGUCGCGUUGUGAUUACGUCGUCUCUUGCCGCCAUUGUAGACACCACCAACAUAGAGGAAGCCACGCGUACUGUGCUCAACGAGCAUUCUCGCACAUUCCGGAUCCCGCGGCCGCCUUACAGCACCUCUGUGCAGGCUUAUUGUGCUGCCAAGGCGCUGGCUUUGAACGCGGCGAAAGCAUGGAUGAAGGAGCAGCAACCCAGUUUUGGAGUCACGCACAUUCUGCCAGGAGAUGUUUACGGGCCCAAUGAGCUAGUUACCGACCCGGAUGACAUGUUACAGAUGGGCACGAAUCGAAUCCUCCUUACACCCGUCGUGGGCGGGCACCACGAUCCAUCAGCGUCGACGACCAUACACUUGGAUGACGUCGCCAAUGCACACAUUGCCGCCUUGAGACCAGAAAUGCCAACAAAUCGCCUGUAUCUGCUGCAUAGCGGCGGUGUGAGUGGCAAAGGUCGAGGACUUGUUCGAAAUUGUUCGUAG